GAGACUCGCGCGUCCUCCGCACCUGGAGCUCCAACCCAACCGCGCGAUCGGCAAUAAGUCGAUUGUAUAAUGCCGCGAAUCGGCAACCGAUCGCCAACGAGCCCGUAAAUAAUCUCUCCAAUUUUUACGUUCGGUCCCAAAGUCGAAUCGUUUACCGAUUUCGGCCAUUUCGCGGGGAGUCGAACCCACACCACCCCACCGCGCGUUAUGAUUUAUACCGCGCCUCCGCUUGACGAUCCCCGCGAAAAUCGGCGCGCACGAUGUAGUGGUUCACGCUUAUGACAUCUCCUGCGGCGCUAACCACCGAAUAACGAAGGGCUCGAACGGAAUCGUGCGCGCGUGAGGACAUACACACCCAUAUAUAUUAACCGAUACUGCAGAUUAUAUACACGUGUGUGUCUGUGUGUGUGUGUGUGUGUAUAUAUAUAUUGUGUAUACGUAAACGACAUUAGAUGGCGGACGCGGGUGAGUGCGGCGGGUGCGCCGGUAGCGUAGCCGCAUCGGUGGCCGGUACCUUUAUCGCCACCUGUCUCGCCAUCGCCGUCGCCGGCCUGCUCUACAGACAGUGGCGCAGACACAAAGGAAAGCACCUCGUCCUGGUGACGGACCCGGAGAUCGUCGACGAGGCCUACGCGUUCGACAACCCGUGCUUCAAGGACUGCACGCCGGCGGCCGGCAAACGAAGCCUCGAGCGGUCCGUGUCUCUGACGCUGCGCUCGGAGACCAAUGCGACGACCCCGGUGACGACCCCGUUGACUACCAACGCCGCGCCAAAGUCCCCCAAGGAUGCCAACCACAGGUGGUCGACUCCGUGGUCCAAUUUUGGCAGGCUCGACAAGAGGCGCAACCUCGACGACUCGUGCCUUGGGGCCAAAAUGGUGAACGUGGUGGCGCUGCGCAGCCGCGACUUCACCGGGCUCGGGUUCAACGUGUGCGGCAACAUGCGCGAGGGUAUAUUCGUCAAGGACCUGCUGCACCGCGGACCCGCCUCCGAGUCCGGACGCAUUCAUCCAGGCGACCGGAUAACGAGCGUGACGAUAAGCUUCCGGUCGAUGGUGUACGAGGACGCCCUGACGAUCCUGAGCUACGCGUCGCCCUACGACGUGGAAAUCGCGGUGGAGAGCGGCGGGGACGCGACCACGAAGCCCACGAGCCUCCUGAAGCGCAGCGUCGGCCCGAGCGCGCGCCACCUGUACCACCCGCUCUACCGCAGCCAGUCGAUACCCGAGCUCUUCCACCAGCAACGCCCGACCACCUGGACCGGCAAGCACGCCGCCAACGGCGUCGCCCCCAAACGGCUCCACGACCCCAACGACUCGUCCCACCACCCGGUCGCCAAGUCCCCCAAGUCCACCGAGCAGCCACUCGGCCGCUCACCCCCCACCAACCAGUACACCAAGUACGGCGUCAAGGUGCUCCCGGCCCUCGACCCCACGGCCAUCCACCGCGUGGAGAACCAAAACGAGCACAACACCAACCUCGAGAGACACCACUCGAGGAAACUCGACAAGACCAACCCCAGCGCCGAGCCGUCGGUCGUCCUCGUCGUGCCACCGGACGCCAACGGCAUCGACGUGCCCGACCGGGUCUCCGACAACACCGAGGUGCCGACGGAGGUCCACAACGCGGGGAUGGCGGCGCGGAGGAACCGCAAGGGCGCGGAGCCCACACAGAGACAGCGCUCGACCGAGUCGUCCACGGAGCUGGAGGACCCACCCGCCGGGGUGACCAAGAAGACGAGCGGCAAGAGGAGGGCGCCGGCUCCACCGGCCAGGACAAACUCGAGCGACGGGGAAACCGGCAAGGAGGAACCGUUGGAGGAGAAGGUGUCGGUGGGUGUAGAGACCGAGGUCCCAAAGAGCGCGGGGCACGUGGAUUCGGCCGACGUGACGGUCCACGACGCCCCGGACGAGGACGCGGACAGCGUGUACCGGAAGGCGGCGAGCCUGGGCGACCUGUCCAAGUACGAGAGCCGGGCGUCGCCGGGGACCCUGGAGCGGGCCCAGAGCCUGGACAUGACGGGCGAGAAGGGGGCGGGCUCGAAGAGGCGGGCCAAGCAGCCCAGCCCGCAGCUCCAGAGCCAGGCCGAGGUGGCGGGCGAGCCGGGCGAGGUUGGCAGCAGUAAGUUAAAAAAAUCGAGCGAGUGGGGCACCCUCGAGGACGCCAUCAGAGCCGACGACUCGCCCGCUCCCGACAAGGCCGAGUUGUACAACCUGCCGCUGACGAGGCAGCUCACCCACGACUUUAUCAGGGCGGAGCGGCUCUUCGACCCGGAGGAGGACAACGCCCUGGCGCGGCUGGCCGACGACAGAGGCCGCGUCGUCAAGUCCCCGAGUCCCGAGGCGGUCGAGGCCGAGUUCCUCAAGGAGCACCCACCGCCGGACUACAGCGACGACGACGAGCCGGUGGUGGUGGUGGUCGAGGAUCCCCUGGAGGAGCACAAGGUGUCGACCGAGGACGUCGAAAGGGUCAUCCGGUACUUUGACGCGAUGGCGAGGGACAGCCCAAAGCCAGAGGAGGAGCUCUACAUUGGUAGGGAGGAGGUGGUGGAGGAGCCGGUGACCAAAGAGACGCGGAGCUUGGGGUGCCCGGGGUGCGAGCACCGGCACGAAAGACACGUGGCCGAGUGCGCCAGGAGGGAGGAAGCCGAGGACGAGCCGUCGUACCGGCAGACCAUACGAGUUGAGGAGGAGGGCGACAAGGAGGGGAGUCACUCGUUCGAGACGCACUUUGCCAAGCCGAUCAUCAGCGUAGCCGACACCAAGGAAGAGGAGGGGGAGGUAGUGGUGGCUCGCGUGAGCGUCUCGAGCGAGGACGGUGCCCCGAGGAUGGCCUACGUCACCGAGAUCACGGUCCCGGCCGUGGAGGAGCUGCUCAGCGAGAACGAGGAGAUCAUCGCCAUCAUGGAGGGGGGCAGCAAGCCGGCCGGCACGACAAAGGUCACUCUCAACUCCAACGGGAAAUUGCCUCCCGGGGUGAAGCCACCGGUGCCCCCGAGGCGCUCCGACGCCACCGCGAGGUUCGGCUCGGCGAGGAGCGUCGCGUCCGAGGGGACCACCGUGGACGGGGGCAGGCAGGUCGUGUACCUAUCGGAGGAAUCGGCGAGGAGGUUCCCGGCCAAGGACGAGGACGCCGAGCAGGUGGAGAUCAACCCCUGGGACAACAGAGCCGGGCACAAGUGAAGCGACUCUUCUUCUUUUUAGUGCGCGAUGUAAACACAACGACGUGAACUGCCGGAUAUUGAUGUGUCGUGUCCAAGAGUCGCUGUGGUAACGAUUGUUUGCUAGAAAAAGCCGGUCUUUGGUCAAUGAAAACGGGAUCAUUUCGUUCCGAGUACGAUUGGUACUUAUAAACGAAAGGUCAAAAUUUCGGCAAGUUGUAUAUGUACCGUUACAACGUCAUUUCGGAAUUUUUACUUUUCGCAAGUCAGUCAUUUACGACGUAUCGUACUCUGAACAAAAUUCACCGAAAAAAAAAAAAAAAAAAAAAAAAAAAAAAAAAAAAA